GUGGGGUGCGCAGACGGAGGCGCGGCAUUUCAGGAGCCUGAGCCUCUUUGUCCUACUCACGCUAUAUGAGCCCCCAACUCGACGGCGUGUGGGGAUUCACAUGCUACCAAAGCCAGACUCCGAAUGGGUUAAUAAAGAGUGUGGAUUUUAUUGUCAAAGAUAGUUGAGAUGUGGUGAUAUUUCACUUGCUCGUACAAACUACUUCGAAGGACGUAGCUGAGGAAAAGUGUGGAAAUCUACUCAACGAGGACUGAGACAGUGGUUUUUCUGGGAACACCAUGAGCUGGAGCUUUCUUACGCGGCUGUUGGAUGAAAUCUCCAACCACUCCACCUUUGUGGGCAAGAUCUGGCUUACAUUAUUCAUCAUCUUCCGCAUUGUGUUGACUGUCGUGGGGGGCGAAUCAAUAUACUAUGAUGAACAGAGUAAAUUUGUGUGUAACACCCAGCAACCUGGUUGCGAGAACGUCUGCUAUGAUGCAUUUGCACCGCUUUCUCAUGUCCGAUUCUGGGUUUUUCAGAUCAUUAUGAUCACAACCCCUACUAUUAUGUACCUGGGCUUUGCUAUGCACAAGAUCGCUCGCAUGAAUGAUGACGAGUACGGGCCGAGAUACAGGAAACGCAUGCCCAUGAUUAAGCGCGGUACCAACCGUGAUUAUGAGGAGGCUGAGGACAACGGCGAGGAAGACCCCAUGAUGACGGAGGAGAUCCUGCCAGAGAAAGAGAAAGCAAAAGCUCCCGAGAAGCCAGCCCCUAAACACGACGGGCGCCGGAGAAUAAAGCGGGAUGGGCUCAUGAAGGUAUACAUCCUGCAGCUUCUAUCACGGGUUAUUUUUGAGGUGGGCUUUCUCUUCGGCCAGUAUAUCCUGUACGGUUUCGAGGUUGCCCCCUCGUACGUGUGCACUCGCAGCCCCUGCCCGCACACGGUGGACUGCUUUGUGUCACGUCCCACAGAGAAAACUAUCUUCCUGCUGAUCAUGUAUGCAGUGAGCUGUCUCUGCUUGUCUCUCACGGUGCUGGAGAUUCUUCAUUUGGGCCUCAGUGGAAUCCGUGAUGCUUUCCGGCGACGUUCACGCCACCAAAGUGUUGCACGUCCACGUGGUGCCAUAUGCAGACAGGUGCCCACUGCCCCACCAGGGUACCACACAGCCCUGAAAAAAGACAAGCUGUCUAUGGGAAUAAAACCAGAGUAUAACUUGGACUCUUGUCGAGAGCCUUUUGGCAAUGAGUCGUCAUUGCGAGAUAUGGACCGCUUCCGUAGACACCUGAAACUGGCCCAGCAACAUCUGGAUAUGGCCUAUCAGAACGGUGAGAGCAGUCCUUCACGCAGCAGCAGCCCAGAGUCCAAUGGCACUGCUGUCGAGCAAAACAGACUCAACUUCGCUCAGGAGAAGCAAGGGAGUACAUGUGAGAAAGGGAUCCGCGCUUGAUUGAGACUCAUAGACUAUCAGCUGCUUUCUUGUGCAAUGAAGCGCCCCAACUGGGGUUGGAAUUGCUCAUCUUGGAAAGUGGAAAGAGUCUGUAUGUGUGUUUGUUGUGUAUUUUCUUUUUGUUUGGCUGCUGAACAUUGUGCGAAGCAUCGUGAGACUGAGUUGGAACCUGUGUCCGUACGCACACUGGUGAAUCCGUGAUAAUGUGUUGUGCAGUAUUAUGGCAAGUGAACGCCAAGUUAAAAAUCUCAAAGCAGCAUCUCACCAGCCAGUUAUACUUGACAUCAGCCAGUCUGCCUGAUACUCCAAAGUGCCCUAAUGCUAGUUAGGAAGAUGAUCUGUAUACUCCUCAGACACUAGGCGACUGUGCAAUGUCUCUAGUCUCUUAUCAUCUCUUUUUUUUUUUUUUUUCUUUUUUUUUUUUUAAUAUAUAUAGGAAAAAUAAAUCGGUGGUUCUUCCAUUUGUUUACCACACUUCUAAUGAAGUGCCAAGGGUUGCAUCUCAAAUGCCUUAAACUGGAGUUUACAUAUUACCUUUGCCAUUCCAAAAUGAGAUGGAUGAGCCAGUGUAAAGCCACAUGAAAUGUAGUUUAGUCAUUUAGAAUAGCUCUGUGUUUUGAGUAGUGGACCACAAUUAGUGUAUGUUUGUAAUGAACAAAGUGGAAACCUGGAAAAUGCUUGAAUACUUGUGAAUCAAUUAUUGAUCUACAAAGAGGCUUUUGAUAUUUUAUUUGCAUAUUGUGUACUGUAGAUGUAAAUGAGUAGUAUUUUGGUACCCCUCUUAUUUUGAGGAAGCUUCUCCGUAGACUACAAUUUCAGUCUUUAAUUGCUUUUUUUGUCUUCUACAUUAUUUUGUGAAGCUUUAAGCAAAUAUGGUUUUCUUUGGCUUUCGUUUAAUUUGACCAACUGUUAGAGAGGCAAACUCAGUUUUCAGAGCAUGUCUUCACACAUUUUGAAAGCACUAAUAAAGAAUGUUUCAUUUAAUUGGUUUUUACUUUCAUAAUUUCUCUAAAUAGUUACUGUCCAGAUUAGUGUAUAUUUUUGCCUCCUUUAUGCAAAUGCAAAUCGUAAGUUGGUCCAAAUGCAGUUUACAUUGAAUAGCAAUAAGGAAAGCCAUAAAGCCUGAAGUUUUAUACAUGGUACCAAUGCAAUCUCAUCUUGAAACCGUUUAAAGUAUAGGAGUAUAAAUUACCAAUGUCCGUUAACAGCCAGGUUUUCCAUCUUUUGAUACUUUUUCCAGCAUCUCAACUUUUUAUAUCUUCCAAUGUUUUUGUAAGGUUUUGUAAGAAGUAUUUUGUAAUAUGCCAAAAUAAACCUUUGGUCUAAAAACUGCA